AUGCCCCAUCAAUACGGAUUGCCGGGCAUAGCCCAUGCCCAGUCGCCUCCGACGCCGCCGCCCCAGCACGGCGCCAUGUACUCCCGGUUCUCGGGGGCCGUCGUGCCCGGCGGCUACAGGAACGAGGACCGCAGGCUCACCAGGGAGGCCAUGGAGCGCUACCUCAGGGAGAGAUCCGACAUGGUGAUAGUCAUUCUGCACGCCAAAGUGGCGCAGAAGUCCUACGGCAACGAGAAGAGGUUCUUCUGUCCGCCCCCUUGCAUCUACCUGUUCGGCGAGGGCUGGAGGAUGCGGCAGGAGCAGAUGCUGCGCGAGGGCGAGUCCGAACAAGCCUCACAGCUCUGCGCUUUUAUUGGAAUCGGCAACUCGGAUCAAGACAUGCAACAGCUAGAUCUCAACAACGGCAAGCAAUACUGCGCGGCGAAGACCCUGUACAUAUCGGACUCCGACAAGCGCAAGCACUUCAUGUUGUCGGUGAAAAUGUUCUACGGCUCGGGCCACGACAUCGGGGUGUUUCACAGUAAACGGAUCAAAGUGAUAUCGAAACCGUCGAAAAAGAAACAGAGUUUAAAGAACGCCGAUUUGUGUAUAGCUAGUGGUACGAAAGUGGCCCUGUUCAAUAGGUUAAGAUCGCAGACUGUUUCCACUCGGUAUUUGCACGUGGAGAACGGACAUUUCCACGCCAGUUCGACGCAAUGGGGCGCCUUUACGAUACAUCUGCUGGACGACAACGAGUCGGAGAGCGAGGAGUUUCAAGUCAGAGACGGUUAUAUCCAUUACGGGGCGACUGUUAAGCUCGUUUGUUCGGUUACCGGUAUGGCCUUACCUCGAUUAAUCAUACGAAAGGUCGACAAACAACAAGCUCUACUCGAAGCGGACGAUCCGGUAUCGCAGCUGCACAAAUGCGCCUUUUACAUGAAAGACACCGAGCGAAUGUACCUGUGCCUGUCCCAGGAGCGCAUCAUCCAAUUCCAAGCCACGCCUUGCCCGAAGGAGCCCAACAAGGAGAUGAUCAACGACGGAGCUUGCUGGACCAUCAUCUCCACCGACAAGGCGGAAUACCAAUUCUACGAGGGCAUGGGGCCCGUCCGGUCGCCCGUUACCCCCGUCCCCAUCGUCCACAGUUUGCACCUGAACGGCGGCGGCGACGUGGCCAUGCUGGAGCUACAGGGCGACAACUUUUCGCCAUCUUUGCACGUUUGGUUCGGGGACGUCGAGGCCGAAACCAUGUACAGGUGCCAGGAGAGCAUGCUGUGCGUGGUGCCGGACAUCUCCCAGUUCAGGGGCGAAUGGUUGUGGGUGCGCCAGCCCACGCAGGUGCCCGUUUCGCUGGUGAGAAACGACGGCAUCAUCUACGCGACGGGGCUGACGUUCACGUACACCCCGGAGCCGGGGCCGCGGCCGCAUUGCGCCCCCGCCGACGAGAUAAUGAGGCACGGGCACGGUCAGGGCCAGAGGAACGCCGCCGUCGGGCAGGCCCAAUCGCAGCCGGCCAUUACGGAGAAUUGGAACUCGCACGGGAUGCAUUGA